AUGGUGUCUCUGCUGCAGCAGCAGCAGCAGCAGCAGCAGCAGCAGCCGCAGCAGCGGCUGCAGCAGCAUCAUCUGCUGCUGCAGCAGCAGCUUCUGGCUGCCGUUGCUUCUCAGCUUGAAGGGGGAACAGCAACAGCAGCAGCAGAGCCUUCUGGUGGGGGCCCCCAGGGGGCCCCCCGCCGAAGGCAUUUGCUGCUCUCUUCUUCUCUUUCUGCUGCAGAUGCAGCAGCAGCUCGCACCUGCUGGUCUGCUAUUGUCUCUGCUCUAACAUCAAAGGCUGCUGCUGCUGAAGCCGCAGCAGCAGAGCAGCAACCACUCACAGCAGCAAUUCAUGUUACGUUGCAGUGUCUUCGUAGGUCCCUGGAUGAGCUGCAGCAGCAGCAGCAGCAGCAACAGCAGCAGCAGCAGGGGCCUGAAGAUGCAGAAGCGGAUAAGGGGCCCCUGGUGGGCCCCCCUAUGUUUGUUGUGGGAAUGAGUGUGUUGCUGGAGCUGCUGCUUGCUGCAGCAGCAAAGGCCGAGUUGCUGCAGGGAGGCGAGCAGCAGCAGAUGCUUUUAACUCAGCUGCUGCCGCUGCUUCAAGGUGCUGCUGCACUCCCAGCAGCACCUGAGAGGGCUGCUCUUUCGCUGCUGCAGUGCUUGCGGGCUUGUGGGGGCCUCACCACCAGCAACAGCAGCAGCAGCAGCAGUGGCGACACCAGCAGUAGCAGCAGCAGCAGCAGCAAAAGCAGCAGCAAGCGCCCCGUGGUCUUAUCUCGCAGCUGCUUUGAGGUGCUGCUGCGUGCAGCAGUGGAGGGGAGUCGGGUAGCAGUGCAUGCAGCAGCAAAGCGCUUGCUGCUGCAGUUUCUGUCUCGCCUCUGUGUUCAGCUGCAGCAGGAAGAGGAGACAACAGCAGCAGCAGCAGCAGCAGCAGCAGCUGGGCUUGGCGCCCUUACUUCUGCCUUAUUAAGGGCCCUCAAAGAGCAGCAGUUGGAGCAGCAGCAGCAGACGCUGCAGCACAACAGCAAAGAGUACCGAAUGCUGAUGCUGCUGCAGCGAGUGCUGCCUCAGCUGCUCACCGCCAUCGGUCGCCGUCUAGAUGCUCUUCAGAUGCAGCAACAGCAGCAGCAGCAGCAGCAGCAGAAGCAAGAGUUGCUGAAGCAGAAGGAGAGGGCUGAGGGUCUCUGUCUCCUUUUGCUGCGCAGAGGCCCCAAGGGGGCCCCCCUUCCCGAGUGCCUGGAGACAAUGGGAGUGAUUCUAAAGGAGCUGCUGCAGCAGCGGCGCGUGCUGCUGCAGCAGCAGCAGCAGCAGUUGCUGCUAAGCGACCAGCAGCAGCAGCAGCAGCAGCGGCUUGCUGCUGGCGGCUCCUCUCUAUCAAUUGCUUCUCAGCUAUUACCCUCUCUCUUAUUAAAGAAGAAUUUUAUGUGCAGCAGCAGCAACACAGGGCCACGGGAGGUUGCUGCCUGGUGUUCUGCUGCAGCUGCUGCUGUCUCAGCCGUCAUGAUGUGGGCUAGUGAGCAGCAGCAGCAGCAGCAGCAGCAGCAAGAGGGUGACGGCGCAGCAGCAGCAGCACCAGCAGCAGCAGCAGCAGCAAAGCCAACCGAUGCAGCGGAGGAGCAGCUGCUGAGUCUGAUGGAUAAACUCAGCUUAGAGGGCCCCCAAAAACAGCAGCAGCAGCAGCAGCAGCAGCAGCAGCAACCUAAGGACAGGAUGAGUGUCUGCUUGUCGCUGGUGCAGCGGUUUUUAUCUUCUUUAACGACCAUACUAAAUAAAACUGCAGACCCCACAGCACAUUCUGCAGUAAUAAAAGCUGCUAGGUGGCUUGUGGCUCAGCAGCAAAUAACCGGGGUGCCGAUACACCAGGCAAUGGCGUCUUUCCUGAAGAGCUUGCUGCAUUACCGCCACAAGACCCGCUGGCCCGAAGCAUUUAAAUUGUGCGCAGAUGAAUUUGCAGCAGUGGAGGUGUCUGCAUUUAGGGCGGCUUUAGAUGGGCCCAGCCCCUGCGCACUGAGUGCCUCGGGGGACGUAAGCACCUUGGGCGCCUGUCUAGACGAUUAUUUAUCUCCCGUUUUUCUGUCGUUUCUCCCCAUCAUUUCUUCUCUUUGGGAUUUGCUGCUGGCAGCAGAAGGCAUGCAGCAGCAGCAGCAGCAGCAGCAGCAGAGCGGCGCUGCAGGCAAACCCUCAACUGCCUUCCUCAAAGCGAGACAGCAGGAACUCCGCUUGCCUCAGCUGGAGUUUGCGUUGGGGACGGCGCUGCGGGUGUUUGGGUGUCUGAGGGUUUUACACGCAGAGGGUGAAGGCAUGAAGCUGUCUCUGUCUCUUGCUGCUGAUGCUGCUGUCUCCUUUGAUGAUUUUGUUGUAGAGAGCAGAGUCGCGCUGCUGCCGCUGCUGCGGCGCUUCGUUUGCAGGGACCGAUUGGAGUUCUUCCUUAGGGAGAUACUACCAGCCGCUGCAGCAGUGCAGAAGCGUGCAGAAGCUGCUGCUGCUGCAGGGCAUACAAUGGAGAGCAGAGAAUGGUCUGGGGUGUAUAGGCAGCUUUGGGGUUUGCUUCCCUCAUUCGCCACGCAGCCGCUAGACUUGUCGCGGUGUAUCUCCAAGGAGACACUUCAGCCUAACAGCAGCAGCAAGGGGGGCCCCCAGGGGGCCCCACAAGGGGGGCCCCCCGAGGGUUUGCUGCUGCUGCCUCGAGUUCUUGAACUGCUGCAUGAUGCCUCUUUAAGAGAUGCUGCAUGCGCAGCUAUUGUUGCAAUGGCGAAGUCUGCGAUGCCUCCAAGUGUACGGACACCUGAGUUGCUGCAGCAGCAGCAGCAGCAGCAGCAGCAGGGGUUGAGCAUGGGGGAAGAGACAGCAGCAGGAAAGGCGGCGUCUGCUGCAGCAGGACCUGGGGUGCUGCUGUUUUUGCGGCGAUUAGCCAAUGCCGUUGCUGCUGCUGCUGCAGGGGACGGGGCUGCUGCUGGAGUGAAAGCAGCAGCAGCAGCAGCAGCUUAUGCUGCACGCUCUUGCAGCCUCACUGACAGCAGUCUGCUUCCUGCUGCAGUUAUUGCAGCAGCAACAGCAGACAGCAACAGAAGAGCUCUUGCUGCCUUCUCAGAGGAGACACUUAGCUUCGUUACUGUGCGGUAUUUGCUGCUGCACAAGGACACAGCAGCAGCAGCAGCAGCAACAGAAGGCGCAGCAGCAGCACGGCCAGCUGAGGCAGCAUUUGCUGCUCUUACGGAAUCAGCAAAGGCUAAAGCAGCGCAGCAGCUGCUGCAGACAAUUCAGGCCUUUGCUCCUCUCUGUCCUCGGCCUUUGAUGGAGACGAACGCAGAGAGAUUUGCUGGUGCUCUCUCUGCAUGCAUUUCUUCUGUCUCCUCUGCCUCUGGGGCUGCCCCUCUUGCCCCUAAAGAAUGCGGCGCCCUUCUUGAUGUUUGCAACGCCCUCAGGCCCUUCACUGCUCCAGAUAUAGGCGCGAAGCUUUUCAAUACUUUGUUGUCGCUGCUGCGCCGCUGCAGCGCAGCGGUGAGCACCAUCAGCAGCAGCAGCAGCAGCAGCAGCAAGGCGUUGCUGCGUACGCUGCAGCGGAAGACGUACAUGUCCUUAAAGCAUGCCUUAGAAGACACUGGGGAGCAUGAGGGGUUUGUUGCUGGCGUGGCGGAGCUUAUGGAGGUGUGGAGGACCCUUAAGGAGUGCCGGGAGACAGCAGCAGCAGCAGCAGCAGCAGCAGAUCAGAAGCAAAGGCUCAGCUGUCUCCUAGCUCUGCUGCAAGCCUUCGAGAGACGCCGAGAAGAAUUCGAACCGUCCAAGUGGGAAGCCAUACUGCAGGAGUUGCUGCCAGCAGCAGUCCCUGAGGUGCUGCUGUCUCUGCAAGAUAUAAACAAAAAAAACAGAGACACUGCAGCAGAGGCCCUCAGCACGCUCGCUGCUCUCUGCGGAGGAAAUCAACUCCACAUGUCUGCGCUGGUGACGUACGUGGGUGCUGGCUUCGGAGGCCUUACACCAGAGACAGCGGGGGGGCCCCAAGGGGCCCCGGGGGCCCCUCCUCUUCUAAAGUCUGCUGCUGCUCUUGCCUUAGGGAGGCUCUUUGACCUUUACUGCGGGGAGAUACCCCAUAAACAAGUGCAAGAGUGGGCGGAGGUGGGUUUGCUGCUCCUCAAGGACCACAACAAGCUUGCCUUCACCGCCGGCAUUCAACUUGCAAAGGCGUGCAUUCGUGCUGGAGACAUGGAUGAUAUCAAAGGAUGGAUGCCGUUAAUAUUGGCGGCCUUGAGCAACCCAAACGCUCCCAAGGCUCGCAUGAAGAUUCGUCACUUGAUAGAGAAGCUAUGUAAAGUGAUGGGAGAAGAGGCUAUGGAGAAGGCAAUGCCUGAGGAGCAUCUUCCUCUCUUGCGACAUUUGCUUCGUUCUGAGAGACGGCGGACCAUUCGCAGGCUCAUCCAUAAAACCCUAAAGGGAGCUGAGGAGUCUGCUGAAGAGAGCGAUGGGUCCAUUGAGGGCCGCGAGGGCGCAGCAGAGUCGGAGACAGAGGGAGACACAGAAGACGACGAAGAAGAAUAUCAAGAGCGUUCUGUUGCCCCACAAGAGCGCAAGCGAGCGGGAGGAGACGAUCCCAGCCGGGGGAGCGGCGGGGUCGAGGUUGUGGGGUUGAAGUCUUUGCUGGAUGCCUUUGAAGAGGAGAGCGACGAUGAAAGAAAACCAGCAGGCCGUUCUGCUGCUGGAGCAGCAGCAGCUGCAAAGCCCAGCAACAGCAGCAGCAGCAGCAGCAGCAGCAGCAAGGUGACGCUGAGCAGCUUGGCUGCGCGGCGCGCUGCGCUGCGGGAGCAGAGGAAGCAGCAGCGGGGCGGCCACUACACAGAGCGCAGCGGGUUAGAGUUUAAAGCAAAGAAAGCCAAGGGAGACGUAAAGAAGAAGUCUGGAGUAGAUCCUUAUGCCUAUAUCAAACUCAACAGAGGAAUCCUUAAGGAAAAAUACAGAGCUCAGGCUGUCAGGUCCUUGAAGUCUGUGAUGAACAAAGACAAAAAGAGAAGAACCAACAAAGCAGGGAAAAGCCGUACAACACGGCGCUGA